ACCGCCACCACCACCUCAGUCUUUGCUAGCAUCAUCAUCAUCAUCAUCAUCAUCAAUGCCAUCCAUUGUCAACCCAGCAUCAUUAUUAUCAUCAUUAUCUAUAACCCAGCCAUCUAUACCACCUUCUUCACCACCAUCACCAUUGCUGCUGCUGCCACCACUGCUACUGCUACUAUCAUCAUCAUCAUCAUCAUCACCUCUGCUGCUACCACUGCUGCCACUGCCGACACCAGCACCGGUAUAACUGUACAAAUCUUCUGGAAGUACCACUGCUGCUGUCACUAGCACCACCACCACCACCACCACCACUGCCGCUGUCGCCACCAUCGUCGUCACCACCACCAUCACCGCUACCAAUAUUAGUGCUUCAGUUCUAUUUAUCAGACAGCUAGCAUCAUCUUAAUCAUUGUCUCACCCGGAGCAACAAAUGAACAACGGGGGUUUUAGCCCGACACUUUGGACAAGUUUUUUUAUCUCUCUUUCCCCAUCAUUUUUCUUAUCUCAGCUGAUUAGAUUAAACCAACUCAGUCGACCAAUUAAUCAGUUGACCGGGCAAUUAAUUAAUUAAACAAUUAAGUUUACCAAUCCAAUCCAAUUAACCAAUCAUGUUUUUCAACACUGCCAGAUGAUGGCUAUUUUUGAGAGCAGUUGAUCUUAUAUCGAAGUAAUUUAGAAUCCUGGAGAAGAAAUUGCCCAAUUCCAUAGAGCAUAUUUCAUGGUCCCUGUUUUGAUGUGAUAAUGGCUCUAGAACUGAUAGUUUCUUUGUUCAUGGUUGCUGCAGUUAUCAUCGUUAGUUUGACAUUGAUCCUGUUGCUAUCAGCACUGUUAUUGUUGCAUUUUAAUCGCAGAUGUACUCACCACCAAAUGUUCAACCUCAGUGAAAAGAUACCAGAAUAUUUGGAGACAAAAUGCCAAUCCAACCCAAAUUCAGCUCCAGGACUUUCUUCACACAGAGAAUGUGAUCAAACUGAUCGCUUCUCUUGGAUUGGAAGCAAUAUACCAUGUUUCAAACUAUCAGGGAAACAAGUGAAUGUACUCACAGAACCAACUCAAUUCUUUGAGACCCUAAAACUAAAAGCCAGGAAAUCUCGCAAGCGAAUUAUUAUGGCUUCUUUAUAUCUUGGAACUGGCACUUUGGAGCAAGAGCUGGUCGAUUCUUUAAAUGAGGCCUGUCGCCAAUCACUUGCUGAGGGAAAUAAAGACUUUGAUGUUCACAUUUUGCUUGAUUACACUCGCGGUCGAAGGGGUUCAGAGAACUCCUGCACUAUUCUCCAACCUGUUUUAAGUGCCUAUCCCCAAAAUGCAAGACUCUCAUUAUUCCAUACUCCUGAUCUUCGAGGAAUUUUGAAGAAGAUUAUGCCCAACCGUUACAAUGAAACUAUUGGAUUACAUCAUAUGAAAGUUUAUUUAUUUGACGAUAGUUUAAUUAUCAGUGGUGCCAACCUUAGUGAAACAUAUUUUACUAACCGUCAAGAUCGUUACAUUCUUUUCAACAACUGUCCUGAAAUGGCUGACUUCUUUUCCUCGCUCAUCAAAACUGUUGCUUCGUUUUCAUUUCAAGUCAACUCCGAUUGCUCUGUAACAUUUCCUGAAGAAUUUGGUGUGCACCCUUAUGAAGAUUCAGAUGAUGGAUCGCGGUUUAAGUGGAAAGCCAGGGAUAAAGUCUUAGCAUUACUUCGUAAAACAGUCAAUGAAAAUUGCUUUAAUUCUUCGCAGUCUUCUUCUCCCAAGAAUUCUGUCUGCAACUCUAAUCCAAACCAAUCUGAAUCUGACUCUUCUGAUAGCAACGCAGAUACUUUUGUCUACCCUCUCAUACAAAUGGGACCACUUGGAAUUUUGGAUGAUGAAGAAAUUACAAAACACCUUCUAAGAUCAGCUACACAAGAAGAUGAGAUUCUGCUGGCUUCUGGCUAUUUCAAUCUUACUGACCACUACCUAAAGUUAAUCCUAGAGAAAUCUUGUGCCAGAUUUAAAAUAAUGAUGGCUUCUCCUGAGGUGAAUGGCUUUUAUGGUGCCAGUGGGGCAGCUGGUGCCAUUCCAUAUCUUUAUAUCCAAGUUGCUCGGCAGUUUCACCAAAAACUCUGUGCAUUUGAGCAACAAAAACGCAUUCAGUUAUAUGAAUACUAUCGCAAUAAAUGGACAUUUCAUGUGAAAGGGCUUUGGUAUUACAUUUCAAAAGACCAGCUGCCAAGUCUGACUUUAAUUGGUUCUUCAAAUUUUGGUUAUCGGUCAGUCUAUCGUGAUCUUGAAUGCCAGUUAGCUAUAAUUACGCAAAAUGAAAAUUUAAGGCAACAGUUACGUCAGGAACAUGUACAUCUGUUCCAGAGUUCUGACAUUGUUUCAGAAACCACAUUCAAAAGAAAGGACAGAUAUGUACCAAUUUGGGUACAACUGAUCAGCAAUUACAUAAAAAACUUCUUUUGAUAAAUUAUUCUCCACAAACGACAAAAAAAAAA